AAGCGUGUCUUCUCAAUGCCAAACCAACAACAGGGUCGGACACCAGGCUGUACAACCAUCGACCUCGAAGUCUCGGGCGGACUUUGUCAUCAAGACGUAAUGAACAACAUCGCAGAAACGGUCGACCUCUCCCAGGUGAUACCGUAAUUCUAUCUGGGCCGUGUCGCUUCCCCGAGCGGUCUGAAGAAUUGGCUGAUGGGUGGCUACUGCGUAUGCCAUCUCGAAAUUCAGCCGAUACUGACAACAUCGUGUCGCAGCUUGUUUCAGUGCUUUGGGUUCGAUCGAAGUGAGAGGCUGAAGCCUAUCUUGAACCUUCUCGAAAAUGCUCCCCUACGAAGACCGCUACCGCUGCCCCAUCUUGUCACUAGGCGCUCUCCCGAUCUGCUGUGUGCCUACAGCAUCUCUGGAUCCUGCCGGCUUCAAGUUUGUCGGAUAUAUCCAUCAACACCUGUAACGGUUUACAAUCGCGCAAUUGGAUGCAGUUACGUAUGAUGAGGCCGUAAGAGCAAUCAUCCGUAACGGCAAAAGACCAGUUGACUGACUUUUGCGUCGGAAGCGGGGGGGUGGAUGAAGUCGAGAGUACGGCCCUGGUCGUUCAUUCUCCCUCGACGCAUUGACUAGACAAAGAUAAUCGGCAUUUGCUUGUUUAGCGAAUCUUUGUUUAAUAGCCAUGCAAUCCAAUUUUUUUAAUGUUUUUUGAA